GGGGUCAUCGCCCAGGUAACCGUUAAACAAUUCUUCCUGGACAAUAAAUCUGGUCAAAGUGAAAUUUCCCAGCAACAGCCACAUGCUUACUAUCACUAAGUAGCAUUUUAUGAUCAGAAUAUUUAUUGUAUAUAGUUUUGAGAUUUAAAAUAUUUUUGCAUAUUCUUAUGCCAUACCAUGUGGCUUUAGACUCAGCACAUUUUGAAGGCCUUCUUCAUAAUUUGAAGACAUGUGAAGAAGACCUUUACCCAAACUAUGACAUUUUGCACUAGGAAUAGUAAGUUAGACGAUGCUAUAAAACAGAACAUUUCAAUAAAUAAAGCAUUUUCAGUAUCUGUAUGUGGGAGCAUUCCCUUAGUCAGGUGGAGAAUACCUAAAGUCGGCUCGGACUCAAACAAGUCUGUUUACAAUGUAGAAUAGAUUAUGGACAAAACAAUGUUGGCAGAUGAAUCACAAAUCUUAUAAUGCAAGUGCACCUUGAACUGUCUGCAAGCAAUAAGAGACUUGCUCUACUGGGCAACUUUCCAAAGAGGAAAUUGUUCAUAUUCCAAUUACAACCUGCAGAAAAGCCUCACAUUGAGUAUUGUAAGAGACACAUAUUUGCACAAAUCUUCAUUCUGAUUUGUGGUUUGUCUGGUCUGUGCUCACUAUAGCACUUAUGUGUUGUUAGGGCUGGUUAAUAUUUCUCUUUUGUUCAGGACUCAAGUGAAAAACGGUGAUGCACAGAGAUAAGUGACUCGUACCGAAAAGAAACAGGACGUGCGUCAAUAUGUGGAUUUACAAUCAGGUGUGUCUUUUUGGAGGAUGCAUAAAGGGAAGGCUUCUGCCGCCACUGUACAACUCUGUGAGCGGCUGAUGCAGAACUGUAUGCGCUAGAUUUUCUAAUUCUUUGCCGGGGGGGGGAAACUCCUGAGGAGCGAAUGAAGAAACAAAUUUUGCUCUUGUUCACAUUUCGAGGACUGGUAAGAAAAGGGAAAAAAGGAAAAAAGAGAAAAUGGCCAAUUUUGUGUUACGGUCAGCUGAGCCAAAGGAUGUAUCUGAUAUCUUGCGACUCAUAAAGGAACUUGCUAAAUUUGAAGAGAUGGAGGAGAAGGUGAUGCUCACUGAGAAAGAUCUGCUUGAGGAUGGCUUUGGGGAUCAUCCAUGCUACCAUUGCUUGGUUGCAGAAGUCCCAAAAGAUCAGACUACAGAAGGAUUUUCUGUGAUUAGCUUUGCAAUGUACUACUUCACAUACGACCCGUGGAUUGGACAGCUUCUCUAUUUGGAAGAUUUCUAUGUAAUGCAGGAGUUUCGAGGCUUUGGCAUUGGUUCACAAAUCCUGAAGGUGCUGAGUGAGAUUGCUGUAAAGACCCGCUGUAGCAGUAUGCAUUUCAUUGUAGCAGAAAACAACAAGCAGUCUAUUGAGUUCUACAAGAGAAGGGGCGCCGCUGACCUGUCCUUGGAGGAGGGCUGGCGUCUCUUUGAGAUCCAAAAGAAGGACCUGAUGAAGAUGACUGCAAAAUAAAACAUACUAAUCACUUAUAAAGAAUUUAUGGGGUGGAGGAUGUUUUUGAGACAAUUUUAAUAUUUCUGUGUCUUUGAUUUUUAGCUGAUUUUGCAAAAUUUACCUCAUUCACAUUGUAAAUUAAGCAGAUUAACACUUAUUGACAAACUGCUUACUAGUAAAAACCAUUUUAGAACUUUAUGAAGACAAAUUACUCAGUCUUUGAAGUUAUAUUCUUGCGAUUUAUGAACACAAUAAGUCGAUAGAAAGUAACCUAUGCAUUAAAAUUUGCAAUACUGGUAUGCAGUAAUGAACAUCUUUAUUAUUUUAAUAUGCAAUGUUAAUGGUUAUCUUGUAAAUUAAAUCUGGAAUGGAGGUUUUUGGUUUCAUUAAUAGGAACUAAGUGAUACUGUAAAAUGUAACAGUAAAUAUGAUGAUUUGAAAAUGGUAAUGAAUAAAAUAUGAAAAUCUAA